UCGAACGUUCAACUUGGAGUGCGCUGUCGAAAAUAGUACGUGCGAAGAGAAUUCUCGUCGCGUCCUCAACAGCCUCGUCUUUCUACCAUGUCAAUCCAUGUCUUUUCUCUUCCUGCAAAGUGCAGCAAAUUCAACGACGCGUAUCCACGCCUCUCUCAGCACUUUCAGCAAAUCUGCUCUCUGUACAUCGCCAUCAAAGACCAUUUCAUCAAGUCCUACGAUCUUUGGAACCACAAGACUCUCGAAAUCCUCAUUGCUAUCAUCCUAGUACUACUUUUCGUCAUCCGUUUCUGGACCACGUCUUUCCGCACACCCACGAAGGACUCCCAACGCGCCCGCACGGCCCUCCAAGCGCUCCAAACUGUCCUCGUCCCAAGCUGCUCUCUCUGGCCCGCGCGCUACAUCAAGCUCGUCAAACAUACCUCCAAUCAUCGUACCGGAUCCAGGAUAGUUGUCCCUUUAAGCAUGUUCCUGCAGGACGUAUGCGAUGGCGUCAUCGAGCUUCGCGAUCCUCUAUACGACCUUGAGGACCUGAUAGAUCAGGGUGUCCGUGCGUAUGGCUGCUCCGUCAGUCUGAAAGUCGAGUGGAAGUGGUGGGUAGAAUGGUUGGAUCGAAUGUUACGUGUAAACGCCUCAGAUAUGGAGAGUCAUGACGGUGUUGAUUCUUCGAAUUUCGCAGUCAUUAGCGCACAACAUAUCGACUGGCUGAUUCACCCACUUACAACAGCACCUCCGCCUUCCACCGAUCAUGGUACCGUCAUCAACCUCGACAUCCAUCCACUCACGCACCUGGCUACUAUCCAGCUUCCCAAAGGUUCUCGCACCACUUUGGAAUUCACCUCCCUCUCCAAUCACAUCUCCUUCCUCAGUACGAAGCACAUCCUCUGUCUCAUCCCCUUCCUGGCCCACCGUCUCCCCAGCAGCCUUUCUGACGUUCUCGCAACAGUAAAUGACACUCCAAGCUUCAAACUAUCGACGCUCACCAAUGCAACAGCUGCAUACGCUGAUACGCUCGCCGCACUAUCAACCAAGCUUACAUACGAUCCUAUAGCAAGACAACAGUGCGUCGACGAACUGGGUAUCAAGGGAUGGCGUAAACGGAGGCUCAUGCUUGAGUUCGAGACUGCUCUCGUGCAGAAGGGUUGGCUGGAGCGCUGGGACGUGGUCUUGGAAGUCCGUUGAUUCAAUGCGCUUGUCAUGAUUUUUUCUUCUUCCUUUCAGUCACUCUUGCACAAAGAUGCAUCUCUGUUUCUCGUCGCUUUGCACGAACUCAUUACAGCACAAAUCUUGUUGUACCAGGAGCUUACUUAGAAGUUGCAAAAUCACAAUAUUAUUAUAUUCAGC